CAGUUUAGAAGUGAAUAUCUACUGUCACUAAUCAAUUCUAUAAAUGUUUAUAGGUCACAUUUUAUCAAAACGAUAUGAUUUGUGAAGUCAUGCGUUACAGAAAAUGUACAAUCUUUGUUAAAUACAGUCUAAUUUAUUUAGUGAUUUAGUUUAUUCACUUGCAUUUACAGACUACGUUUCAGUUUCUUUUUGUUAAAGCAGCAAAUUAUGUUGUAUUAAGACAUUUAUGUUAAUAUACCACAUGUUACCUUCUCCUUAUAUGGUAUCUUAAUGCAGAUCAAAUUUAUUGUAACCCAUUACCAUGUGGGACAACUGUAUUUUGUCAUAUAUAUGGCAUACUACCAAAUUUCCCAUUCAUAUAAUCCUUUUCUGGAUAAAUUUGUGAUUUAGGACACUGUGAUCUGCCUUCAAGCUCUAUCGCAAUAUAAAAUUGCUACUCAUUCCGCUGAAAUGGACCUCAGAGUGAAUUUACUAAGUACAGAGUGGAGGACACGCCAAAUAUUGUUGACAGGAGAGAAUACAGACGUUCAACAAAUUGUAAAAAAGUUGCCUGUGGAACGUGGAGAUAAUAAAUUGACAGUCCAUGUUAGCGGCAGCGGCACAGCUAGGAUGAUUAUUGAUCUUAGAUAUAACAGACCAGCUACAAAGGAGGAAAAGUGUCCGUUUGAAAUCUCUCCCAUUGAAGUCGAAGAAACAAACCAAGUUACAAUGGAUGGACCGAUAGCAAAGGAACGGGGUUGUGAUAUUUGUGGACGAUGUGAACUGGAUCCAGGGGAGCCCGAUAAUUAUGAUUUCAACAUGUUUGGACCUUCAGCCGAGGAAUCUCUUCAAAUUCCAAUUAGCUUUGGAAGGCGAAAGAGACAAGCAUAUAAUAAAAUUUGUAUUCGAUUUCAAGUCAGCUCUAUAAACGAGAAAGUGCACGGCAAGUCUAUUGUUAAAGUCGGUUUACAGAGUGGUGUUGAAACUUCCAGUGAAGAUUUAGAGAAGCUUUUGGAAGAUAAUAGAAAUAUUGCAAGAUACGAAUUGCCAUCUAACGGUAAAGGCUUUGUGGUAUUUUACUUAAGUGAGAUAACUCCAAAUGAAACUAAAUUCAUAUUUCGUUUAAAUGACAACUUCAAAGGUGCUAAAAGUUCCAGACAGCCAGCAGCAGUCGAAGUCUACGACUACUACAAUCCCGAUAAGCAUUGUACACAGUUUUAUCGGACAGACCCAAACACAGGCGCCGACAUAGGCGUCGACUACGAAUGUGAUGGAGAUGGAAAACAGUGCAAUUGUUUACAAAAUACAUGUGUCCAGCCAGUAGAAGAAGAAAUACUACGAUUGGUUAAGAAUAGAAGGAAGCCCGCACUAAUGCUGUUUAAGUACAUGUGUGAUUUGAGAAAAGCAAAUUACGCAGUCCAUGUCAAGAUUAAAUCGUUGACCUAUAAUCUUGAAAAAAAUCAGAUAAUCGCAGCUGCCAAAGUAUUGAAGGCGAUACAUCAAGAAAUACAGAAACCAAAAGUAGAUGAUAUGAUUACAUUCUUCUGGAGUAUUAACUGCAAAUUGCCAUCUCUUGAGGAAGGAAAGGAAUAUAUAAUUAUCGGGAAAGAUGGCAAUAAUUUCUCGACAGAUGGCAGAGAACAAUACCGGUAUGAGUUAAGUGAAACAGCUUUGGUUAUCAGCAGAAAUCAGAGAAAUCGGAAGCUUCAGAGAGUGCUCAACAAUUUUAUAAAGUUUUCGGAAAAGGGAUGUCAAGUUUAGAUAGUGCUGAAACAUUCGAGGCUUAAAAAGCGAUACAAAUAUUCUGUACUGUAUGACUUUUAUCUGAAAAAGACUCUUUCAAAUUGAAGUUUGGUCAUAGUAUGAACAUCAAAUAUGAGUUUUUUUGUUCCUAUAAUAUUUUUGAAAAUUCCAAAUCAAGUAGUGAAUUAUGACUUCAAAAUAUAAACAAAUUUAUAAUCGCGACAGUUUACCGGGAGUAAAAGCAUUACAAACGCUUUUUAAUUUUCUUCGUAAAAGUAAUAAAACAGCAAAUUCUCAUGUGUUUCCGUGACAAAUAGUGUGUCAGUAAUUAAGUUUUAAAUCCUUUUUCUUAAAAAGUAUAGCAUUUAUUUCUAGAUACCCAAAGAAAAAAUAUUUUGUUUCGGAGGCAAGUCCAGUUAAAACACUGUUUUGUUCCAGUAAAACAGCAAUAUUGAUGUACACGAUUUCAUCUAUCAAUUUUAUACAUAAACAUCACGUCAGCUGCUUUUAUCGAUUAGGUAACAUAAUUAUAAUUUGAGCUAAAGUUGUUGCAUUGUCCUAUAUGACAUAUAUUGCAACAAAUACGGAAAUAAACUUGACAGACUCUUAGUACAUAUUUGAGUCGCCGAAAAAUAAAUACAUGAUAUCUGAGAUAUGAUACAAGGUCCAAAACCAAUAUUAUAAAAAAUAAUGUAAGAAGUGCGCAAGUAAAAUUCCACUUACUUAGUUACAGCUUUAAUUCCAAAUAUUAACAGAUUUGCAUUAAAACCUUAUUACUUUAACCGAAGUUAUAUUUCGAUUUCAAAGUCGUUAAGGUUGUUCUGCGCUUUAAGAUUAAGUCGUUAAUGUUGGUCUGCAUAUUGCGAUUAUUUUUGUUUCUACUUUUUUAAAACAUUGUAUUUUUUUUUCAAAACUUUUGAAUAUACUUAGAAAAUUCUACAAAUAAAUAAGUAAUAAAACAGCAAAUUUUCAUGUGUUUCCGUGACAAAUAGUGUGUCAGUAAUUAAGUUUUAAAUCCUUUUUCUUAAAAAGUAUAGCAUUUAUUUCUAGAUACCCAAAGAAAACAUAUUUUGUUUCGGAGGCCAGUCCAGUUAAAACACGUUUUGUUCCAGUAAAACAGCAAUAUUGAUGUACACGAUUUCAUCUAUCAAUUUUAUACAUAAACAUCACGUCAGCUGCUUUUAUCGAUUAGGUAACAUAAUUAUAAUUUGAGCUAAAGUUGUUGCAUUGUCCUAUAUGACAUAUAUUGCAACAAAUACGGAAAUAAACUUGACAGACUCUUAGUACAUAUCUGAGUCGCCGAAAAAUAAAUACAUGAUAUCUGAGAUAUGAUACAAGGUCCAAAACCAAUAUUAUAAAAAAUAAUGUAAGAAGUGCGCAAAUAAAAUUCCACUUACUUAGUUACAGCUUUAAUUCCAAAUAUUAACAGAUUUGCAUUAAAACCUUAUUACUUUAACCGAAGUUAUAUUUCGAUUUCAAAGUCGUUAAGGUUGUUCUGCGCUUUAAGAUUAAGUCGUUAAGGUUGAUCUGCAUAUUGCGAUUAUUUUUGUUUCUACUUUUUUAAAACAUUGUAUUUUUUUUUUCAAAACUUUUGAAUAUACUUAGAAAAUUCUACAAAUAAAUAAGAUGGGGUCGUGUUCUCGAUUUUUUGCUCGACUAAUUUGAAACCUCACACAAGUUUUCAUAAUGACAGUCUAUGGGAAAAUCACAAUUUUGAUCGUGAAUAGAUUUUUUUCUACAAUGUAGUUUUCAAUAAAACUUUUAACAAUCGGAAAUAUACAUAAUUAUGACCAUUAAUAUGGUGAAAUAAAAUGUAGAGGUCCGUGUUCUUGUUUCUGAGAUAUUUGCCCAAGCAACACAGAAAAUGACGUCACUCAACCUUCAGCUACUUCCUGGACUAAAGAAAAUGAAAGAAGACAGGCUAAACUUGAAAACAAAAGUCGCAUCUACAUUGGUCGAUACUCAGGGGUCACGCAAAGUGGUCACUCCGUCUAAAUGUAUGCAUGUGGACUUAUUUUCAAAAUGAAUUACGUGAAAUAGAUGUUUGCCCUGCAGAAGCGUGAAAGGGUCACCAGACGCUAAUACGUUUUAUUACGUUACAUUUGCGAAAAGAUAUUACAUAAUUAUACAUUUCAAGGCGCAUUAGUAAGAUUGAAAUGUUAUAAUUAUAUAACAUGUUAAUCGUCGCCACAAUAGAACAUUUUUCUAACUAACUUUUCUACAUCUCAGUUCUACAAUGUUCGUACUUAUCAUUGCCUCAAUACCAAACUGUCCUUCCUAAUUUUUGCCACACUUCUACAAUGUUCUAACUAAUCUAACUAAAACUUCUAGAAAAAUGGAUUUGAACCUAUCAUAGACGAUGUUGAAACUUGGUAAAUGACAGAUUAUGUGUUAUGGAAAUAUAUGACAAUUAUCUCUUUUCACCAUUUGUUCAUUUAAAAUCGAAAGCAUUUGUCUCGGGAUACCGGAAACAAACUACCUUAUUUAUAAUGCUUAAUACAAACGAUCGUUAAUUGCAAAUUUCUCCGUGGUAUAUUGGCCAAGAUGGUAGAAAGUUUUUAUUGCUGAUGCAACCAGGGUUCGAUUCACGACCCAGAUAUGUUUUUCUUCUCAAUUUAGUUUUAAAAACAUUUUAGAAACAAAAUCUCAUAGGCUUUUAUUCAUGAUAUGACCAAACUUCAAUGUUAAAGAAAAAUAGUUUUAGCUUCUAAAUGUUUAAUGUAUUAACAUUUGGUCUUUGCAUAUAUAAGAUGUAGUACUCUGCUUAUGUACCACAAUUUUUAAAGGUGUAUUUAAAAAAAUUGUAUCCCUAUCCUGGUUGCACCAGCGCAGAUUGGGUUAUUUUUGCACAAGUAAUAAUUUGAUAAACAUACGUUGUCUAAUGAUAUACAUACAACAUCUGAUGUUUUAUGUUGGUUAAUGUUUUUGUAUUAAUAGUUAAAUAUUUAGCUGAAAUUCAUCAAAAUUGUAAGUUUAAAAAAAUAUUAUUACUUCUCUUUGCCUCUCUUGCUUGUGUGUUCAAGGUAGACUGGCAUUAAUGAAUAACAAAGCUACACGCAGUUUUGAAUCCUGCCUUUGGAUUCAUAGUGUUGAAGUAUCAAGUAUUAAUCAAAUGCAAAAGCGAAUGUAAAUGGGGUUGAUGAUAAAAUAUUACAAAAUUCAACAUGCAUUUCUAAUAGGGUUCUAAUUUUCUAUAAUGAAUAUUUUCGCCCCUUAAAUAAACAUUUCCAACAGUAUAUACAAAUAGUGAAAAUAUUUUCUAAUGUGCUUGUCUCUGUUAAUAUAUAAUUGGGUGAAAAUGUGCAUUUUUACUAUUUCAGGGGUCAUAACUUUAAAAAUGGUGGGGGGGGGGGAUGGGGGUGGAGCCAGUCAGAAAAGAGGUGUGCAAGUUUAUAUCAUGAUAAAGACUUAUGCAAGUUUUUAACCAUUUUUGAGCUAGGUGCGUCACAGGGUGAAAAUGUGCAUUUUGAAUAUUUCAGGGGACAUAGCUCUGAAGAUAGGGGCGAACCCAAAUGAAAAAUAGGAGUUGCGCAUUUCAUAUCAAGACUCAUGCAAGGUUUCAUGAAUCUAUAUCAAAUACGUUUUGAGCUAGGAGUGUCACAAGGUGAAAAUGUACAUUUUUGAUAAUUUCAUGGGCCAUAACUCUGAAAAUAGGGGGCGGAGCCAGACGAAAAAAUAGGAGGUGCGCAAGUUCAUAUCAUGAUUAUGACUAGAACGUCGGACGAACGUAUGCACGGACGCACGGACAAGACCAAAUCUGUGACCCCACCACUCAUGAGGGCACAAAAAUUGCAUGAUAUGUAUAUAGAUAUAAUAAAAACAGUUCAAAAUAACGCCUAAGCAGAAUUGUACGAACAUAUCAUUUAACUGGUUUCGCAUCACAUCACUUGCUAUCAAAGAGUCACAAAACGUACUCAUUGCUCAUGGGACCGUGCAAAAAAGGUUACCGUACCUAUCUUCAUUUUUGGUCAAAAUAGAGUUAGGGUAUUUGUGGCAUUUAUAAGAACAUUCCGCACCUGAUUAACUCCCCCCUGUAGCGUAUUCUUCUGUUUAAGAGCGAAAAAAUGGUAUUUCACAUAUGCGGUAUAGGGUCGAACUCCACAAUAUCAAGGAGUUCAGCGCUUUGGUAGCUGUUUCGGUUAAUAAAAAGAACACAAGCCUAAUGUAAAUAGACUAUAUAAAUAAAUGUUAAUUCUG